UACCGUGCAGAGUUCCCGCGAGGGACAAAAGAUGGCACAAGUGUAGUCGUCAUCGUCUGCUAGUGUGACGGUCACGCCAGCAUGUGUCCUUCGCAGUGCUUCCUGCUCCGGUAGUGCACCACAUCAAUAGUUGGGCAGUGUCAAGAUUAGCGUGCAGGUGCGGCUAGGAGGGCCCGGGCCAGGUGCUUCGUUUUCUCGGGACCCAACAAUGAGCGACCAUGACGUCGACGACAUUGCCUUCCUUACAGGCUGCUGUUUCCUGUAUGAAUAUGCAGCCUCCGUCAAGGGCUGGAGAACCAGACGCAGGUGUUACUGUACACCUGUUGUCUGAUGGGCUGCUACAGUGACUGCUGUAGUCUCCUGAUAUUGAAGUAAGGGGUCACCCAAUGAGAGCGGCUUCAUGGUCAACAAACGGGCCAUGUAUGAGCCGGGGGCUGUCAUGGUGUGCUCCCAGAAGCGAGCAUGCUGUGUUGUCUCGAUGGGUUUUGCCGCCAUCAUUGCUGUUGCGCUCAUUGUGGCAUUCACCAAGCCAGGUUGCCCUGAGGCCACCUACAUAGGGGAGCCAGUCCCCGGCUUCAGCAGCCGUCCCACCCACUCCCCACCUACCACACCUCCAACAGCUACCAAUGGAGAGGAGUUCCCCUGGACUGAUGUGCGACUCCCAUUCCAUGUGCGGCCAUUGUACUACAACAUCUCCUUGCACCCCAACCUGACCACCAGGCAUGUGGAAGGACAUGUGACAAUUAAGCUCACAGCUAUUGAGGAGACAACUGCCAUCAUCAUCCAUGGCCAUGACCUCAAUAUCACUGACUACUCCCUUAACAAAAAGUAUGGGAAGCCAAUAGAAAUCCUCAAAUUUCUCGUGUAUCCACCUCACCAGCAGUUGUACUUGGGUCUCAACGAGAUCCUGAGGCGAGGGAGUAACUACACUCUGAGACUGAAAUACAAGACUACCUUGAAGGAAGGACUGGAGGGUUUCUACCUCUCCUCAUACAUUAAUGCUGAUGGAGAAAGAAGGUACCUUGCAACAACCCACUUUGAACCAACAUCAGCACGAGCAGCCUUCCCUUGUUUUGAUGAGCCUCACAUGAAGGCACAGUUCUUCCUGAGCCUGGUCAGGGAACCACAGCACAUUGCCCUCUUUAAUAUGCCUCUGCAGGAUUCUGUGCCUUUACAGGACACAGGCCUGGUGAUGGACAGUUUUGAGGAGAGCAAGAUUAUGAGUACCUACCUAGUGGCCUUUGUGGUGUGUGACUACAAGUCGGUGAGCAACAUGACACGCCACAACAUCUCCUUAUCAGUCUAUGCACCUCCUACCAUGAUAGAUCAGGCAGGCUAUGCCCUACAAGUGGCCUCCCACAUCUUUGAUUUCUACCAGGACUUCUUUGGCAUCAAGUACCCACUCCCUAAGCAAGAUCUGAUAGCCAUCCCAGAUUUUGGGGCAGGAGCCAUGGAGAAUUGGGGUCUCAUCACUUAUCGGGAGACAGCACUUAUGUUUGAUGCCAACCACACAUCCUCUUGGGCACAGCAGGGAGUGGCAGUGGUCAUUGCCCAUGAACUGGCUCAUCAGUGGUUCGGCAACCUAGUCACCAUGUCCUGGUGGAGUGAUUUGUGGCUGAAUGAAGGUUUUGCAAGUUUCAUGGAGAACAUUGGCACCAAGGCAGCUCAACCUGGUUGGGCCAUGGAGGAGCAGUUUCUGGUUGAUAAGAUGCAGCCUGCCUUGGCCCUGGAUGCCUUGCUAGCCUCUCAUCCCAUCUCCACUCCUGUCAAGGAUCCUGCACAGAUUGAGUCCAUCUUUGAUACAAUCUCCUACAAAAAGGGUGCCUCCAUCAUCAGCAUGCUGGAGUCCUUUAUUGGGCACAAGAUGCUUGCUGAAGGCUUGCAGCUAUAUCUCAGGGAGAAUGAAUUUGGAAAUGCAGCUACUGAUGAUCUCUGGGCAGCUCUGACCAAGGUUACAAAGAAACACAACAAUGAACUAGACAUAAAGGGCAUCAUGGACACUUGGACACUGCAGGCUGGUUUCCCCUUAGUCUCAGUCACUCUUCAAGAUGGUCAUAUCUUGGCUACCCAGGCACGCUUUGUGGUUUGUGAGGAGAAUGUCACAGAUCCUAAUGAGCCUCUGAAUACCACCAUUGGCUACAGGUGGCAUGUACCGCUCACCUACAUAACCAGUGAGCAACCGCAUGAGCAAGCCAUGCACUGGAUGAACCUCUCUGAUGUGGAGUUUGAGGUUGGGAAGGAUGUCAAGUGGGUCAAGUUCAAUGUUGGGCAGCGAGGGUUCUUUAGGGUGAGCUACGAUGCAGCGGGCUGGGCGGGACUCAUUAGUCUCCUGCGCAACAACCACACGGCCCUCUCCUCUGCUGACCGUGCUAACCUGGUGGAUGACAUCUUCACUCUUGUCAAUCCAUUCUGCACAGCCACUCAAAGCUGGGCUGGAACCAUCAAUGGCUCCCUAGCCCUUGAAUUGAGCCUCUACCUGAAGAAUGAGACACGUUACAUCCCUUGGCACACUGCCCUGGAGCACCUUUUCCAGUGGGUGCGGCUCCUCUUCAACUAUCCAGCGCACACCCAGAUGUUACAGUACAUUCACACUCUCAUCAUCCCUCACUACAAGAGAAUAGGUUGGAAUAACACUGGCACACAUCUUGAAAGGCUGCUGCGGUCCAAGAUCCUGUCGGCAGCUGUCUAUUGUGGUGACACUCACGCCAUCCAGGAAGCAAAGCGCAUGUUUCAUGAUUGGCGCAUCAAUGGCACUUUCAUUCAUCCAAACCUACGGGCAGUAGUAUACAGGACAGGAGUGAGAUAUGGCACAGAGGAGGACUGGCGACACUGCUGGAAAGUGUACAACACCUCCACCAUCCCAAGUGAAAAGAAGCUGAUGCUGAAGGCCAUGGCUCAGACCCAGAACCCUUGGCUCAUGCAGCAGUUCCUUGAAUAUACACUGGAUUCUACCAAAAUCCGGCAACAGGAUGUGCUAACAGUGCUGCAGGAGGUGAGUAAGAACCCUAGUGGUCGGUUCCCAGCUUGGCGCAUGGUGAGGCAGCACUGGGCACAGAUCUCGCGGCAGUUUGGCCAAGGUUCCUUCACCAUCGGUUCCAUCAUCAAGGCUGUCACUUCCACCUUCACUUCAGCUUUUGAUCUUGGGGAGGUGGAGAGCUUCUUUAAGGAUGUGAGUGUAGGAUCAGGGGAGCGAGCACUAGCCCAGGCGCUGGAGACCAUCCGCCUCCACAUUCAGUGGCACGAACACAACCUGGAUGAUGUCUCGCACUGGCUCAACCAGCGUGUCACCCCAGCCAAGACACAGGUUGAGGUUGAUCCACAAUAAUUUCCUAACUCUUGUUUUCUGUAUCUCAUUCAUUAACUAGCCAUCUAGAAUACUGGUCACUCUUGCCCAUAAGGGUUGUGUUGCCCUUCAGUUCAGGUUGGUGACUGGUGUGGAAAGUGAUAGGUCUCAAGGAAUAAGUAAUCCAAGUGAAAGAAAAGUAACAUAUCCAUUAAUUUCAAUUGUGUUUCCUGGAAUGUCAGGAGUGCUCUGUGUCUUAUGGUUGGCAGCAGUCAAGGAGGGUCAUGUUAUACAAAUGAUAAUUACUAGUGUAUUCAAGAAUUUUCAGGUACUAAUUUAAAUUUUUUAUACGCAUUUUACAUUACAGAACCCUAUCCAUUGCUAGUUUUAUGAAAAAGGAUGACAAACAAGGUAGAUAUGCUUUGAAACUAAUCACUAAACUACUGUAGAUGUAUAACUUGUAGAAGAGAGGAACACUAACGAGUACUGAAUGAGAUGUGAUGGGUGUGGAGUUAAGACUUCAUUUGAUAUUCACUUUCUUGGCUUUAAUGUGAUCUUCUCUCAGUGCAGCACUUUGAUAUGAUUCAAGGAAUGUGGCGAUUUAUAGGGAUCCUAGAGGAAUGAGAUCAGUGAAGUGGGUGUUUGCCUAUGUAUCCUUUCACCAGAUUGGGAGUUUGGUAAUCCUCAGGGACAUCACAAGUCUCCCUCCAGUUAUAAUAUGUGUUCUGGCUUGAUGACUACUAUUUAUUUUGUAUACUACUUGAUGUUUAGCCAUAGCAGUGCCUCCUUGUUGCUUGAAAUACUCUUAACUUGGGUGGCAGAAUAGGCUAUGGUCAAGUAGGGUUGAGGAUCGUUAGAUUAUCCAUGGUGGUUGAGCAUCUUGGUGGUUUGUGUUAAGCAGUGAGAAACUGUGACUAAUACCCUAUGUUAUCAGGCACAGCAACCUCCACUCUGAUCCAUCCCAUCAGGAACACCCUCCUGAAGCUGAUUCAUUUUAACCACAUCAACACUGCAUAUCUCUCAGAACAGGAUGAAAUUAUUCCUAACAAUCACAUUUUAUAGUGGGAUGCUACUUAUCACUUGACUAUGUAUGUACUUAGCUUCUGCCAACAAGAUGGACAGGAGAGCCAUUGUAUCUGCUGUGCAGCCUUGUUUCAGUAUUGCCUGUAUAGUCAUGGUUGGAAAUUGAUUAACAUAUUGCACUCCAUCUAUGGUGUGAGUUUUUCUUGAGUCAUAAGUCCUCUCAUGAUGAUCAGAAGAUUUAAGAUUGAGGGAAAAUGGAAAAGAUAGUGGAAGGGAGUAUGCAGCAGGUUACUUCAUUUCCAACCAUGGUUUUUCACCUGAACUAUAGCUGUUUUUCAGGUAGGCAUUUCAUGUUGAGGCAGAAAUUGUGAUGGGCCCUCUUUCUUUAUACCAAAAAGAGGGUUCCAGAAAUAUUAAUAUUGUUACAGGGUUGUGGAUUAUUAUUACCUGUUUCCAUGCUGCAGAAGUUACUGAGCCUUGUGGCUGCUAUAUGGGGCACACUGCCACACUCUGUUCAUAUAUAACCUAUCAAUUUUAGUCUAUAAAAUAUAGAUUAUUGAGAAAUUUUAAUCUGUUUUUUAGGAAAUUAUGCAAAUAAAGAUAUAAAUCAAAUUUUAUCACACACUUCAUUCUAGCUAGGAAUUGGUUUAAUUUAUUUGUUACAUAUUUCAAAAGUUUAUAAAAGACAUGAAGAAGCUUUAGGUGUCAAGGACAGUUUGUCUGGCGGGACACUCUCCAUCUUCCAUGACAUGAAGUCAGAGGCAGAAGUAGAGUAGUGUAUUGGUGUUCAGAUAUUGGACAUUAGUCAAAUUUUGACUCUUAAAUGUAUAAUAUCAGAAACUGUCCUGUACUUUAUUCAUGUCCAUAUAGCACAAAGUAAGCACAAAGUAUUACAAAA